CUUAAGAGAUUAGAGCAGCAAAUCUUCUUUGUGUGACAAUUGCACUACCGUAGACAGUAUAGUGCAUUGAAAAAGAAGAAAAGAAAAGUUCACAGGCAUGGCCUUGGAGAAAAGCUGCAAAACAAACUUUAUUCACAGCAUAGAAAUGACAUGAGGUGCGGAACUGGCUAACUGCUUUCCCACAGAAUGGAUGACUUUGAUUACAGCGUUCACAUAUCUGACAAAGACUGGGACACCUUUCUAACAGAAUCCGAGGAAUGCAGUUUAUCACAGCCUUCCCUGGCCGGGUUAGAAGAGUCGUGUUUGAGUGAUUCUGAUGAUGCUGAGCUGGCCACACCCCCCAGCAGAACAAGGCCAAUCAGGCUUCACACGUGCUCAGUGGAAACCACACUGCCUGACUUCUCCAUAAUCGGCCCUCCAUACUUCUCCGGCUCUCCCAUUGAGCACGACCAGCCUUUCUGCACUUCCCAAUAUGGAAGAUACGCAGGGGAAGAUGUCCUGUCGGGCAGCGAGGAGGAAAUGGACCUGGAGACUGUCAACCGGUUCCUGGAAAAGUUUAAGGAAUUUGCGGGUCCAGAGAAGUCUGCAAUGCAGGACCAAUCUUUUCUGGUCCAUGGUUAUAGGAACUUGCCAAGCUCAUCCCAGACUAGUAAUUACUAUGAUAAACCAUGUGACACAGCCUGUGAGGAGGAAUAUACUAAGCAAGGUAAUGAUUCCCAUAGCGAACAUGUAGAGACAUCACAAUUAGGGCAGUCGGGAUCAACAGGGACACCUAACAGAGAGGAAUGUUGGCCAAUGAGUUUGAAGCUAACUUAUGAAGGCUCAACUGAGAACUUCGAGUGUUUGGCCAAUGCACAAGAAGACCUCACACAAGAGAAUGCUUCAGCAGGAGAUGAGGCUGGUUUGCAGAAUUGGACAGAGCUGCCAUCCGCAUCCACAAGGCCAGCUAGCAAAGACCAGAGUGGAAACAGUAAUGAAUUUCUACAGAAACAAAACUGUUGGUCUGAAGAGAAUACAAAAGAAGACUGCACUAUACAUCAGCUAAAAGAUCAUGCAUCUGGGGAUAUUUCAACAGGAGAAGCCAUUCAAGACUUACAGAACUGGACAGGUCUGUCUGGAUUAAGAGUGCCAGCCAGCAAUGAACAAGGUGCAAACAGUAAUGAUUCUGAAGUGCUCAAACAAGAAGAAGCAUGCUUGCCUAUAGGAAUGGAACUAAUUCACAGUGACUCCACUGAGAAUGUUAAAACUUCUUCAAAUGCGCAAACAAACCUUCCAGUAGAAGAACCGAUAGGCAAUGCAUUAAAGGAUGCAGCUGAAACAGAACUUUCUGUAUCAAAGGGGUCUGAUAGAAACACCCUGUGUGAGAACUCUAAUGAAACUCAGGAACCAGCAGAAGAACGUUGGCAUGUCGGAAUGGAACUAGCUCACAAUGACAUCACAGAGAACAUGGAUGCACAAGGAGCCCUCGCAAAUCAUCAACAGAUAGCCAAGGCCUCUGGGGACUUUACAGAUGAAAACCAUCAAGAUUUACAGACCUGGACAGAGCAGUCUGGAUCAAAAGAGAUCACUAAUGGUGACCAGUGUGGAAACAGAAAUGAAACGCAAGAAGAAGAACAACAUUGGCAUGCAGGAAUGGAGCUAACCCGUAGUGACUCCCAUAGUGACAAUAUGCUGACUUCUGCAAACCCACAAACAGACCUCCCAAAAGAUGAACCUACUGGCAGAGCAAAUGGAGCUGGAGAUGACACUGUUCAAGAUUCACAGACUUGGACAGAAGGGUCUGGAUUAACCACACCUGUUAACAAUAACCAGUGUGAAGACUGGAAUGAAGGGCUGCAAAGAGAAGGUUGCCCUACAGGAAUGAUUCCAACAGAGAGCAUUCAGUCUGCUUUAGACAAAAGCCAGAGCAGAGCUGAAGACAGCACAUCCAGAAAGGUUUUGCCAGAUGUCACUGCAGAACAAAAUCUCCUAGUAAACACUGCCUAUGUGAGUGAUAUCAUACGUGAAGCAGUGUCCAGUAAUCCCACAGCUCCAGAUGCACAACCAGAAGAAAGCUCACACAGUUCUGUUCUGAAUGACAGCUCGUAUAUCAGGUUUGGGGCUCCCAUUUCAAAUACCUCUGCACAGCACAACACAUGUCAGCAAAAUUCAAUGGAUCGUGCAGUCACAGCCGGCGUGAAUAUAAAUGAUAUGACCCAUGAAACUCCCUUUGAUAAACUCAGAAGCGAUAGCUCAUAUAUUACAUUCAGGGCUUCAGUUACGAGUGACUUUGUGCCUGUGCAAGAAAGUAACAGAAAAGGCCAUGUAAUGGAUGGAAUAGUUUUUAAGGGUGAGCGCCCCAUGCAGAUUACAAAUGCCCCAGCACUCAGUGAUCCAACACAUCCACAACCAGCUAAUGGAACCGGGUUUAGCAAGGCAGCAGAAGGGGCCUCUUUGCAUCUGCAGGAAGUCCAGCAAAAUCACAUCUCUUUCAAAGAUACUUUACAUUCUGCAGAUUCCAGCGAUUCCUAUGUUCAGGAACAGAAUGCUGGCGAGAGUGCCAGUAAUCCAGGUUCAAUGUCAUGUGCUGCCAUUCAAGAUAGAGCAGUGCGCAGAAAUUCAACUGAGCAUUCAAAUGUAGCAAAGCCACCCCAAGUUCAUGCAAUCUCACGGUUCUGGGAUUUGAUGGAAAAGCUGACAAUAAACGACAUUUUAUAUAUCAAGGAACUGAACAGUAGUAAGCAAGCCAUUGAGAGCCCUGUGCAUGAAAACACAACGCCAGACGUUUCAGACAUGGCAGAUUGUGGGUAUUCCACACAUCUGGAAGACAGUAAACAUGACACAUCUUGUGGGAAUGAUAUCUCAGUUAUUUCAGAUUUAGAAGCGUUUUUACCCAUAAAGGAAACCAAAGAAGAUCCCAUUCUAGACUUCAUGCAGUUUGUAGAACCACAAGAUAUUCCCAUACCCUCCAGUUCCAGUGAGUUUUCAAAUGAGAAAGACGAGGCUCAGUUGUGGAGAAGUGUAUCAGAAGUAAAUCUAGUUCACAGAGGUACAGAAACCGAUUUGAAAGGGGUGGCACAGUUUGCUGGCACUGGACUCCCACACCCAACUACAGCUCCUUCAGAAUAUGUGGAUGAAAAAUGUUUUGGUCAGAUUUGCAAAAAUAUAAGCGUGAGGUCAUUAAGAGCAUUAGAAAUCCAAGCAAGUAAACAACAUGAAUUCAGUGUCAAUGAACAUCUUCUCUUGCAGUCCUGCAAAGAAGAAGCUGAAAAUGCUUGUCUCUCUGUUGUGAAUCGUCCAAGCCUUGAAGACAGCAGUAACCCAAUUGCAGUUCCUCCACUUAUUUGUUCUGCUUCAGAUUUACCUGACAAAGAGAGCUUUAGGAUUUCAUUAUCCGAAAUCUUUGGGUAUCUUUUCGGUGGCAGUCGACAUGGAAAUGAUGCAUGCCCUGUUUCUUAUACAGAACACUCAGCCACGUCAGUUAAGGAACAGGAGCUGUGCAAUCUAUCUGUACCUGAGAUGUACGAUUACUUUUUCUCUGAGUUUGAGGCAGGAGGUGAGGCGCGGAGUGAGGGGAAUACGCCUGCACCUAUUUUCCCACGCUCAAGGUCUUUCGACAAGGCUCUGACAGUCCCUGAGGGGUACGAGUACUUUUUCUCUGAGUUUGAGGCAGGAGGUGAGGCACGGAGUGAGGGGAAUAUGCCUGCACCUAUUUUCCCACGCUCAAGGUCUUUCGACAAGGCUCUGACAGUCCCUGAGGGGUAUGAGUACUUUUUCCCUGAAGAAGACGGAGAGGAUCUUCAUGAAGAUGAAAGUGAGGAAGACUCUGGCCCUAUACAUGUAGUGACGCGCUUUGACCAUAGUGAUCAUGAAGCCACUUCUGUAUCUGUCCCGGAGGCGUAUGAUUACUUCUUCAGUAACACAGAAAGAGAGGGAGAUUUAUUUGGGAUGUUUACCACAUCACUGAGGAGAAGACAUUUCACUACAGGGAUCAAAAAAGCCCUUGAAGGCAUCAUGUGCAUGGUGCAGAGGGAUAAAACAGAGGAACAGCCCAAAAACAAGUUGCAUCCAUCCAGGGCUGGGAAGAAUCAAAACCAGGAUCGCUCUGCACUGCAAAUACAAUUCCUUGAAUACGAGAUACUGAGAUAUAUUGAAGAACAAACAAGAAGGUCAGCUGAGGCUAGAGUGGCAGUAGCAGUACCAAGAAAAGAAAAUGUCCUUAUGACGCUUGAUCAGUCGGACAUGUGUUUAGUUUGCAUAGCCUUUGCAUCCUGGGUAAUUAAAUCUGCUAAUCCACAUUCUCCAGACUUGUGGAAAACUGCUUUGCUGGCAAAUGUUAGUGUGAUCUCUGCAAUUCAAUACCUCAGAAGAUAUGGGAAGGAGAAAAAAUCGAAGUAACCCCCCCCCCCCCCCCCCCCCGAAAUUAUACUUUAGAGCCUGGGUGAAAAGCUGUUAUUACCUUGUAAGAUAUUCUGUGAUUGGUUGCUUUUUUUUUUUUUUUUUUUUUUUUUAAUAACGAAGCAUGUUAAGUUUAUAUUCUUGUUUGAGUGUAUAGAGUUAAAAAAUAUAGGUAUAGAUCAAAUAUUUUUGUAAAAGCAGACAUUUGUAAUACAAGAUGUGUCCAGAUUUUUAAACGAGUCAAAUGUAUAUUUUUGUAUGGUGCUAUGAUUAUAUUAAGAUAAUAAGAACAGAGUUCAGAAAGAAGAGGUUUGAUGAGGGUAUUUUGUGUAAUACAAUACAUACAUAUUUAUUGAAAUAAUGGUGCUGGGAGAUGGGUUUAAAUCUGCAUUUAUAGAGUAUUCUAUUUUAAAUCCUUAGUUAGCUAUAACUAAAGAAAAAAGCAUAACAGGGAUUGAAAUAACGGAAAGGGGCUAAAGUGGUCCAGCCAGGUCAACAGAAGUUUGUUGAACUUUCAAUAAAAUACCAAUCGCAUUAUUAGAAAAACGUGGGGCUCUAAUAGAGAUUCUGAUGCACAUUAUAAAUAUGAUACGUCAUAAAGCACACUCUUCAGAAUGCAGCAGUGGCACUGCAUGUAACUGGCUUGCUAUGGAAGGCACCAGGUGGGUUAGUACGAUUGUAGGAACAUCAGCAUGGGCUGUUGACAGGGAUUCCGUAGGUGUUUGAAAACGUGGUUCAGGAUGUAAGUAUUUUGGAGUAAACUAUUUGUCUACAUUGACCAUUGAGUCUAUUUAGUGUGAAUCACAUCUGAAAAUGUCAUGCUUCUUUUGUAAAACAUAAAUCAAUAUAUAUACAAUUUACAGUAUCUUACAAUAUCCCCUAACUGUGACUGCGUGUGCAUCAUGUUUUCUAAAUGUAAUGACUGUGUUACAGGCUUCAGAACAGUGUGCAUUGUGCUACCAGACAGAAAAUAAGGGUGUCUUGUUUUCGCAUCUAACUAUUUCUGCGUCAUAGCUUAGUAUAUUGGUUUGCACACAGGGCUUCUUCACCCUUUAUUGCCUUUUGUGCACAGCUGUAUAGAUUUGCAUGUGUUUUCAUUGCGUACAUGAUUACUGCUUUCAAACUAUCAUGUAACAGAACAGAACCCAUUGUAAAGGUCAGGUGCAAGUCCCUGGGCUCUCAUUAGAUGGCAGCAGAAGCCUCAUUGCUCACUCUACAGGUAUUUGCUAGGAAAUGAAUGAGUUUCUGGCCAUCACUGGCUGUCAAGAUAAAAGUUGUAAUUAUACAGGUUUCCUGUUUCUGAACACCAAAAAAAUAUAAACAAUGAUGAACAGAGCCAGCUGAAAUCCUAAAGUUGUCCAAGUAUGAUCAUGUUGUCCAGACUGAGAACAAACCUCAGACAUUCAAAUGAUUAAAAGCGCUCUGACAUUAUCCAGCGUAUACACUUAUGUGCUGUUUUUCCUGUACAAUAAUAAAGUGACUCUGAAAACCAUUACUUUUGUGUAGAUGCUAUUGCUAUUGCAGAUCCAUUGAACAAACCUCCAUUAUAAAAACCAAUACAAUAGACUGACUGCAUGGGCCUAUAGUGGAGUUAAUUAAUCUGUGCUUCUUCAUAUUAUCCUAAUAUUUUAACAACUAGGGAUCUUAACUUGCAUAGCCUAUAAAAGAAGAAAAGGCCCUGCAGAACUGAAGAACCACCUGCCUUGACAACACAACUGGCCUUUUCAGUGAGAUGGGACCCAGGCUUCCUCUGAGACCAACCCCUGCCCCCCUGCCUCUUUGCAGGCAUACGCACCAUUAAUAUUUAAAAUCUGCAGCACUUGUGCCCUGUCAUGCUCUGUGAAAAAGUCAAACAGGUGCUGUGAAAGUAUAACAGUGUGUCUUUGGCUUUGCCUUACAG